AGACCUCAGCCUUCCGGCGCUCACGGCGCUGUGCUGUCUCAGCUUUCCCGUCGCACUCCCCCAGCCUCUGGAAAACCGGAAUAACCCGGAGAGCUGUUGGUUAGCGCUUAGGCUGAGUGGGCGGCGGUUAGGCGCAGCGCCUAGGUCCUGGGCACUUCGGUGUAACGCGGGUAGUGGCCGGUAGCGUUACGAAGGCUUAUUGUGGGAGUAAGUAGCCGCCCAGUGCUAAGCACUUUUCUCAUGAGCAUUCUUGUUUUGAAGACAACUCACCUUGUCCUCUCAACUGAGCUGCAAGUAGAGUGGUAGCAUUUCCCCCAUUUUGCGGAUGAGGAAGGCAACUUUGAACCAGGAUAAUGGCAACUCCAGUUAACGGGACCCACUGGGAUGCUGCCCUGUGGUCUUCCCAUGAUAAGAUGCUGGUGCGACCUCUCAAGGACAGUGACGUUGAGGUUUACAACAUCAUUAAGAAAGAAAGUAAUCGUCAGAGGGUUGGAUUAGAACUGAUUGCCUCAGAGAAUUUUGCCAGCCGAGCAGUUUUGGAGGCCCUAGGCUCUUGCUUAAAUAACAAAUACUCGGAGGGGUACCCAGGCCAGAGGUAUUAUGGUGGGACUGAGUUUAUCGAUGAAUUGGAAACACUCUGUCAGAAGCGGGCUCUGCAGGCCUAUCAUCUGGACCCACAGUGCUGGGGAGUCAACGUCCAGCCCUACUCAGGCUCCCCUGCAAACUUUGCAGUGUACACAGCCCUGGUAGAGCCCCAUGGACGCAUCAUGGGUCUGGACCUGCCUGAUGGGGGCCACCUGACGCAUGGGUUCAUGACAGACAAGAAGAAAAUCUCUGCUACAUCCAUCUUCUUUGAAUCUAUGCCCUAUAAGGUGUACCCAGACACUGGCUACAUCAACUACGACCAGUUGGAGGAAAAUGCCCGCCUCUUCCAUCCAAAGCUGAUCAUUGCAGGAACUAGCUGCUAUUCUCGAAACCUGGACUAUGAACGUUUGCGUAAGAUUGCAGAUGAGAGUGGGGCAUAUCUCAUGGCAGACAUGGCACACAUCAGUGGGCUGGUGGCAGCUGGUGUGGUGCCCUCCCCUUUUGAACACUGCCACGUGGUGACCACCACCACCCACAAGACCCUGAGAGGCUGCCGUGCCGGCAUGAUCUUUUACAGGAAAGGAGUGCGCAGUGUGGAUCCCAAGACCGGCAAAGAGAUUCAGUACAACCUGGAGUCGCUCAUCAAUUCCGCUGUGUUCCCAGGCCUGCAGGGAGGUCCCCACAAUCAUGCCAUUGCUGGGGUUGCGGUGGCCCUGAAGCAAGCCAUGACUACAGAAUUCAAGAUCUAUCAGCUCCAGGUGGUGGCCAAUUGCAGGGCUCUGGCUGAGGCCCUCAUGGAACUGGGCUACAACAUAGUCACAGGUGGUUCUGACAACCAUUUGAUCCUCGUGGAUCUCCGUUCUAAGGGUACAGAUGGUGGAAGGGCUGAGAAGGUGCUAGAAGCCUGUUCCAUUGCCUGCAACAAGAAUACCUGCCCAGGUGACAGAAGUGCACUGCGGCCCAGUGGUCUGCGCUUGGGAACCCCAGCACUGACAUCCCGAGGACUCUUAGAAAAAGACUUUCAAAAAGUAGCCCUCUUUAUCCACAGAGGGAUAGAGCUGACUCUGCAAAUUCAGAGCGACGUGGGCUCGAAGGCCACACUGAAGGAGUUCAAGGAGAAACUGGUAGGGGAUGAGAAGCACCAGAAGGCUGUGCAGGCUCUCCGGGAGGAAGUGGAGAGCUUUGCUUCACUCUUCCCUCUGCCUGGCCUACCUGACUUUUGAAGCUGUCAUCCUACUUCCUGUACUUGCCUUGGUGCCACCAUUGCACACUGGAAGGGCAGUCAGGGGCACUGCCCAGGGAGUCGCCUGCUUGAGGAAAGAUGACAGAGCUUGCCUCACAAGGGACCUACUAAGUGCCUCUCUGCCCUUUUGAGGUUAUUUCUUUUAGACUUCUCAUUUUCACAAAUUGAAAUUUAUUUAAAUCUGAUUGUUAGUAAUCUGGGACAGGUUAUUAAGGAAUUUAAAUUUGAACCUUCCUCAACAGUUGAAUAUAAUUCUAGAAAAAGAAAAUACUGUAUAGCCCUUUAGGGUUAAUCAUUUAGACAUCUGUACAGGACAAAGCUAUUAGAAAGAUUGCAAUAUUUUCCUCUGCAUUCUCUGAGUUGCUGGGCUUUCCCCUGACUUGCUGUGACAGGUAAGAAAUGCCCCAAUUCAUAGCUUAUAAAUGCUGCCCACUCUUCUGUUUUGUUGCCCAAUGGUAUAGAUGCCAAAGGAACACUGAACUGUGUCCAUUACAACUAGAGAGGGUAAUUCUGAAACUUCUGUGCUUUAAAUUAUGUUAGACAAGUAUAUACAAGGGGUACCCAGUACAGUGGGAGCAUAUGCUGUCAGCACCUCAAAGUGUGUCAUAAAAGGGCUGGGAGAAUAUAUCUCACUUGUUAGCAUGCACAAAACCUCAUGUUUGAUCCCCAGGAUCAAAAAUAAGUAUGUACAAAUGGUCUCUUCCACCUUCUACCCAGUGAAGGACCCAAUCCCUUCUUGGUUUGAGAAUCAGCCAGGGGAAAGAGGCUUUCCUGCUCCACCCCAAGAUAACCAACUCCCUCCUAUAAUCAGGAACCCAAUGUCACCUUCCCAAACAAUCUUUUAUUUUUCACAUAGCUGAAGUGCAAACCAUAGUGACCAUUAAGCACAAUCAAAAUUUUAACCACAGAAUGUCUACAAGAAUUAUAGCUUUAAAAAAUACAACCAAUUUUUAUAUUUCAAAAAUAAUCUGAACUCAAAUAAAUUAAUUUCUUAAAAAGUCUACUCCUUA